ACACGUGUCAACAUUCUAAGCACUGCGUCAACCCGCGAUUUUCGGGUUGGUGAGAAAUGUUUGGUUUGGCUGUGAAAAGAUUGUCUUCAGUCUCAACUAAGGGCCGUACUGGACUUGUGACUUUCUGCAUUUUACUUCUGGCAUGGAUUGUUGGGUUCAGCAUACGUCUCUUUUCAGUAAUCCGUUUCGAAAGUGUCAUCCAUGAGUUUGAUCCAUGGUUCAACUACCGGGCGACGAAACAAAUGGUUGAGAAUAGUUUCAAGAGCUUUUAUAAUUGGUUUGAUAGCACUGCUUGGUAUCCUUUAGGAAGAAUUGUCGGAGGGACUGUUUAUCCUGGUUUAAUGAUAACUUCAGGAUUCAUUCACUAUGUGUGUCAUCUCCUGAGUUUCCCGGUUCAUAUUCGUGAAGUCUGUGUGUUUCUUGCGCCUAUCUUCAGUGGAAUGACUGCUGUAGCCACCUAUUUUUUCACGAAAGAAAUAUGGAAUGAAGGAGCAGGAUUGUUUGCAGCUUGUUUUAUUGCUAUAGCACCCGGUUAUAUAAGUCGUUCAACGGCUGGAAGUUAUGAUAACGAAGGAAUCGCCAUCUUUGCACUUAUGUUCACAUAUUAUUUAUGGAUUAAAGCUGUGAAAACAGGAAAAGUUUCUUGGGCGGCAUUUUGUGCACUUUCCUAUUUCUACAUGGUUUCUGCCUGGGGUGGUUAUGUCUUUAUAAUAAAUCUUAUCCCAUUGCACAUCUUUGUAUUACUUAUUAUGCAACGUUAUAGUGCUAAGUUGUAUGUAGCUUAUACAACAUUUUUUGUCUUGGGAUUGUUAAUGUCAAUGCAAAUACCAUUUGUUGGUUUUCAACCUUUGCGUACAAGUGAACAUAUGGCAUCAGUUGGAGUAUUCGCUCUUCUUCAGGUUGUCGCUUUCUUCAAAUAUUUGCAAAGUCGUGUUCCUAGUAAUACACUAAGACAACUUUUCACAUUUGGAGCUGUUUUCUUUGCUGGAAUUAUCUUCCUUGCUGUAGUUGGACUUACCUAUGCUGGUGUUAUUGCACCGUGGAGUGGAAGGUUUUAUUCAUUAUGGGAUACAGGUUAUGCAAAAAUUCACAUUCCAAUUAUUACAUCAGUUUCUGAGCAUCAACCUACCUCAUGGGCUGCCUUCUUCUUUGAUUUGCAUAUAUUAAUCGCUACAUUUCCAGCUGGUGUACGACUUUGCUUUAAAGAUUUAAACGAUGAACGUGUUUUUGUCAUUCUGUAUGCAAUAUUUGCAUCAUAUUUUGCUGGUGUAAUGGUACGGCUUAUGCUCACACUGACACCGAUUGUCUGUGUAUUCUCGGCUAUCGCUUUCUCACGUGUUUUCGAGCUAUUUUUGGAUGAAAAUAAUUUGGAGAAUAGUAGUAGUAAUGCGGCGAAUAAUCAUACAAGUGGUGAUGCACAGAAUUCUACAGGUGAUAAACGUUUGUAUGAUAAACCGAGCAAAGGAAAUAAAAAGAAUUCUGUCGAUCAAGACACUUCAUCAAGUACUACUGCAACCAAUCGAUCCUCUCAACAGUCACCACCAGCAAAUGGCAACAAUCUACGUGCAGUUGCCUAUGUGUUAAUCAUAUUCAUUUUGUAUCUGUUUGUUUCACAUUGUGUCUGGGUAUCAUCUAAUGCCUAUUCAAGUCCAUCAAUUGUAUUAGCUUCCUACGGGAAAGAUGGAUCUCGGUAUAUAUUGGAUGACUUCCGUGAAGCCUAUUUCUGGUUAUGGCAAAAUACUAAACCAGAUGCUCGUGUUAUGUCCUGGUGGGAUUAUGGUUAUCAAAUUGCUGGAAUGGCGAAUCGAACAACUCUUGUCGAUAAUAAUACAUGGAAUAAUAGUCAUAUUGCUUUAGUAGGUAAAGCUAUGGCAUCAAAUGAAUCAGAAGCCUAUAAGACAAUUCAAAGUUUAGAUGUUGACUAUGUACUCGUUAUAUUUGGCGGUUAUAUUGGUUAUAGUGGUGACGAUAUCAAUAAAUUUUUAUGGAUGGUACGUAUUGGCGGUGGUGAACAUCCAAAUGAAAUUCGUGAACAAGAUUUCCUUACGUCAAAUGUGAGUUGUCUUUUUGUUACUAUUAUUCCGAACUACUGCUUUCUUUCUCACUUUCCGUUGGCCUCUGGCUCGUUCAUCUACACUGUUAGCUUGUAAUCGGUGGGUCAUGGAUUCUAACCCGUCUCCAUCCGUCUUAUAGCUGGUACUUUGAUGUGGUGGGGGUUUGGCUUGCAUAUUGUGGUGAUCCAAAGAACUACAGGUCUUAUGAUACCAGAAAGGUUGGUCGGAUAGCGGUUAGAGUAAAUGCAGUUACCGUCCUAGUAUAUAGUUUGCAGCAUUUUGAGAGUAUGUGAGCGAAGUCCUACUGCUGGGGAAUAGGGAUGCAGCGGCAGUAAGGUGCUCCCCUCAAAUAACCAGCAUUCUAGCUACCCUACUACCGCUUUGGAGAGGAGGUGUCAAAAAAAGUCGGCCUCGAAAAGCAUACGUCCCGUCUCACAUUGCGGUGGUCCCCGUAGUCGGACGUCACUUUAAAAAUCACUUCAAGCUGACAGUCUGUGACUGGCCCCGAGCGUUGUCCUCUGGGCUCUACGGUGACGCAAUAGUAAUUCACCUUCUGCCUCAGGUACUUUAAGAAGAAAUCAACAUCCACGGUGUGAGGAACCGAGAAGUAACAACCCGCCCACUCAUUUUCAUAUAAGCAUACAGAGCUUUCCAGGUGAUUACUGUGUUCCACUUACUGAGGUUUGGGCAGUCAAAUCUUAUCACUGGUCCUCAUACGCAAUAGGUGUAGUUCAUUGCCAACUGCAUGGAAUUACAAUUGGUUAUUGAGUAACCUAAGUUUAACUAAUAAGUGUCAACUUGCUGCUUCUUGACCGACGCACACAUCCGCACGCACACAUAAACAACCCAAACUAAUAAUUGUCAGUCGACGAGUAUAUACUGAUUUUACUCUAUAACAGAUAUAUUACAUGUUGUAACUAGUUUUGACUUGUUAUAUAGUAAAUUGGCAUACAAAUACGUGUGAAUCAAAUUUACGCUUAUAUAUACAUAUAUCUUUAUGCUAGAGUCUUUUGGUGUAGAUUUUCAAAAUUUAUUCACAUUGGGUAGUCGUAUGUGUUCAGGCAAAACAGGUACAUGAUAACAGUAUGUGUCAAAUAAUCCACAACGGAAAACUCAGUGAAGCCCGGCUUUGAAGUGAAUACAGGAGAAGGACAAGGCUGUCUAUUGUCACCGCUGAUAUUCUUAAUUGUGGUAGGCUGGAUUAUGCGUCAGACUGUGUGUGCACAGAGGGUGAGUGAGAAGACAGGAAUACUCUGUACUACCUGAAAAUAAGACUCUAGAAGAUAUGGAUUUCGCUUGUGGGAUGAUUCAUGUUUAAUGUCACACACACACACACACACACACAGCGGGCGAAAACCAACAAACUGGCUGAAGGAGCGGACAGUAAAGAUAGGACUGACUCUAGGUGAACGUGGAGGUGGUGGAGGCGCAGAGGUGAUAAAGACAACCAAUCAAUCAACAGCAACAACAACCAGCCCCAAUUACCAUCAACAGGAGAGAGAGAGAGAUUUGCCAGAGGUCACUUUCUACCUUCCCUUAUCUGACUAGGCAGCCAGUACUGUUUCAACCACAGGCGGAUGGCAUGGAUGAAGAUGUCAUGGCCAACUGGCCAGCCAGAAUCCGAAAGGCAAGACACAACCUCAUCAACCUGAAACCAGUUUGGAAAUCUUCUACUUCACUCAGUCACUUACUCACUCACUCACUCAGCCAGCCAGCCAGCAUGAAAACAAGAUAGAUUCGGAUUCUAUUCAACACAAAUGUGAAGUCAGUCAGUCAGUCAGUUUUUGUAUACGGGUGAGAAACUUGCUCGGCGUGUGAGUCCCGAAAAGUAUUUGCAACAGCCAGUUACAGACUUUUAUCAACAACUGCCAGCGUCACCGCCUCAAUACUGAAGAUCAGAUUGCCAGCCGGCACAAGCUGGCUGGCCAGAAAGAAUUAUUAACAAGAAACUACAGUGGAUGAAACCACCGAAGAGCCGAUUGCUCAACAAAUAUGUAGGAGAAAAUGGAGAUAAACUGGUUGGACAUACGCCACUGAGGAGGCUGUCAGUCGAAUGACAUAGCGCUCAAUGCAUGCCAUUGCUCGAGUGGAAGUUGGAUGGAAAGCGACAAGUGGGUGGGUCAAUGCAACGGUGAUAUGGAGGAGAUCGUGUGUUGGGGGGGGGCGGGGGGAGGAAAUGAUAAAUGAUGGGCAUAAUCGUGUGCUCAGUCAUUUGCAGAGGACAGCAGAAAAUAGAAGAAAGUGGAAAUGUGUUGUUGAAGCCCUAUGUUUCCACUCGGAACCCAAAGAAAUAAUAAUAACGUUGAAAUAAACAAACGAAACAAAACAGACAGAAAUAAGUCGUAAUUAACACUUAACUGUUUAAGCGUCCAAGUCACUAAACCUUUCACCAAAACAUCAACAUAGAGCCAAGAAAAAGAUAACUAAAGGAAAAUAAAGGUAGUAUAAGAAGUCAGAACGAUACAUGUAUAAUAUAUAAGGUAUGUUGAGUUACUUGAGGAUGUAAUAUUACUGUACCUUCACCCCCAAACCUUAUGAUGUUACAUGCCAAGUGAUUCAUAUUAGAAAGCUCAUUUAAGCGUUUGACGAG